UCAUUUACUUUAAUUAAUUAUGUCGUUUGACACCGAAAAGUUUAUUAUAUGUGUUCAACAAAAUGAGUGCAUUUGGAAUAAACAAGACAAAAGUCACCAUGACACGCAAAAAAUUCAUGUUGGAUGGACUUAUGUAGCUAAAUCGAUGGUCGAUAACUUUGAUAAUUUAGAAGAACACACAAAACGUGAAAAAGUGAAAGACCUUAAAAAUAAGUAGAAAAAUGUAAAGGAUACCUACAGAAAAAAAUCAAUUAAGAAAUCUGGCCAAGCUGCCAAGACUGAAAAAAAAUAUAUAUACGCUGAUAUUUUGGAGUUUUUAAGACCGACAAUGAAAAAUAGAAAGACCGAUAGUAACGUCGCUGGCAGUGAUGAUACAGAAAACGGAAGUGACGAGGACAUCGACGUACAAAACACAUCAAACAUCGACCAAGUAACAGCAUCAUCAUCUCAACAACCAAAAAAAAAAAGAAAAAAGACACAAAACUUUGAAGAAACGUUAAUUGCCGCUUUGGGAAGUCGACAAGCCCGGGAAGAUCCCGUCAGCUCAUUUUUGAUGUCAUUGGCUCCACAGAUAAGAGGUCUUGAACAAGUUCAACAGAACCAAGUAUUUAUAGAAUUUUUAACAGUCCUACAAAAUAUAAAAUAUUCUAAUUUACCUAAACAGUCAAACAAUCCAAACUUAUAUCAUCAAUCCCAAACCAAUAUUUCGAAUUCUAGUCUCCCACCUCAAAAUUAUUCUAACGUCAAUUAUUCUUAUCCUGUUUAUCCUUACAAUAAUUUUUCAUCGACUCCUCCUUCUUCUUCUGGACUUCCAUUAAUACCAAAUCCUCACCUUUCUCCAACAAUUUCUUCUUCGCCGCUACCUCCCCAUCUUUCUGCCUCCGAAUACCCUAGCAACUCUCCUAACAAUACACAGUAUCAAAACCGUCCUUUGUGA